UGUACAGACAUUUUAUAUACAAUUAUCAUUUCUAAAUAGUGAUAAUUCUAAAAAAGUGUUAAACCUGGGAAACCUGGGAAUAAGGAAUUGAUGACGAUGGAAGCAGUAGACGGGGUGACAUCAGAUUCUAACGAGAGUACUGUGCCUUUGAAAAAUAAUCCCGGACGAACGUUCAGAGAUGGAGUUCGUAAAAUAGAUCUGAUCCUAGUUAUGAAAGAUGAAGAAAACCUUAUAGCUGAUCCCAUGAAAAAUAAGUUUCUCACCAACAUUGUUAAAACGGGAUUAGAAAUUGAAUUUGAAAAUGGUGUCUUGCCGAUUCACAAGAAGUUAGUAUUUUUUAAAGUGCAUUGCCCGAAUGAUGUUCUAAAUAAUUUAGGAAAUGCGUUUGGUGUAAAGUGCGUUCAGAUAGCUCGAGCUGAACACAUAAUGUCAAACAAAGAACGCGAUUGGAUAAAUUUAAUAAGAAAGGAGUACACACAACCAUUGCAAUACUCGAGCUUGGACAGAAGCCUCGUAGUUUAUAUGACAUUGCUGAAUCUGCCAUUUGGAGACCGACAAAACUAUAUAGGACUGGAGAGGUUAAUCAAUCGCAAAGUAGUAAUAGAUGCAUACGCGUUGCAUGACGGACCUUACUACAUUCCACAAAACGCUACAAGUAUUAAUGCUCGUCAGAUCCUAUUUUAUAAUUGGGUCGGUAUCACAAAUAUAUUUACGAGACAGCCAUUAAACGUGGUGCAAGAAUACUUUGGACCAAAGAUUGCUCUAUACUUCACCUUUUAUGGACUUUACAAUCUAUUUCUAACAAUUGCGACUGUAGCGGCUCUAAUAGCACUCUAUUUGGCGUUAUAUAAAAAUGAAGUUUAUACGAAUGCGAGAGAAACGCUUUGUAAACCGGCUCCACACUAUAUAUGCUCUGAUUGCCCUGGAACUUACCCAUAUGGUUAUUGUUAUGUUGUAAAAGUACUGAAGUUUUGUAAUAUGUAUUCGAUAAAUAUCGUAGUGGAUAAUAAAUAUGCACCAUAUUUUUCGACAUUCAUUAUUCUCUGGGGUAUCUUUUUGACAAUGUUUUGGAUUGGCAAAGAAAAAAUUUUGAACUGGGUAUGGGAAACGCCAAAUAAGCAUUACAAUAGAAAACAAACAAGACCGGAAUUCAAAGCUAAUAUUGAUACAUCACCAAAAUCUAAAAGAACGGGCGUUACCUUGAUUGGUACAACUCGUUAUGGUGUAAUAAUAACAUUAAUAUGCUAUAUUGUUCUCACUUGCGAAAUACGAUCUUGA